UUUCAGUUUCAUUCUUCCCAUGCUUCAGUUCACUGUUCUGCGAUUUAUAAAUAAAACGGUUUGAUUGGCUAUAGGUACUUGCUUCAUAAUAAAACGUUUUCAUAUUAAACUCGCUACCGCAGUGCAGUUCAGUGGCGUAAAACAAAAAUUGAAAAGAGAUGAGCAAAGAGGAAACUGAGAUGUUCGAGGAAGAGGAAUACGUAGAUGUACGAUCGUUGCCGUUGAAACCACCUCAGCCGCUACCGCGUCAGGAGAAGCCUGUUCGUCGUCCAUGGCAUCCGGUCAUGUGGGAUCAUUCUAUCGCCGAAGUGCCUUUAGCUGAUAAUUCUGACGAAGAACAGAAAGAUUCAGAUCGUUCGAGAUCCAGAGAGUACCCGCACAAGCAGCGCAUACGGAAUUUGAAAAGAUUAAUUGCAGAGGGAAAAGUCAAGCCAUCUUCAGAAACUGUAAUAUUCUUCCUAUGCAACAAAUUUGCUAUAUCGGAGGAAAGACAAACUAAACUUUCCUAAUAAAGUAACUAUAUAACUUUUGUGUUGAACAAGAGCGUUCUGAUGUUUACUUAUCAUGUCGGCCUUCAUAUAUUGUAACUUAAUAAAAUAAUGGAAUAACAUGUUUUGAAAUAAAUCAACAUGUACUACAUUUUAAUAACAAAAUUGUUUAAUCACUUUUCCUAGUCUUAUGGUGGAUUUGUAUUAUUCGUAAACAAUUUUGAAAUAAAUUAAUUAUACCUAGCGUUUAUUUAAAAAAAAUAUUUUAAACAUUGGAAUAAACAAACAUUAAAGAACGUAUUUUUAAAAUACAGGGGUUGUCUCCGCAUUGAGGUUCUUUUUUGCUCCGAAAAUUGUAAUGGAAAGAAAUAUAAGUGGGGUAUAAAUAUAAAAGAAAAUAUGAAUCUAUCUUCUUAUUAUUAUUAUUAGAAAUGCAGUUUUAUUGCAGUACCCUCCAUAUCAACAUAUAUCUUUUAUUCUAUAUUACAAAGACGCCAAUACGUAUAAAAAUUAUGCAUUUAUAUCUCGCAAUCGUGACAGACUCGCAAAAAACAAUUGACCUACUACAUCUCGUCGCAUCGGCGAUUCCAGUGUCCUAUUCGGAAAAAACGCUUUUGAAAUACUCAAGGCGGUGUUAAUACAUAUACUUUAUAA